UCAUGUCAGAGAUAUAACCUUACAGUUGGCCGUGAUGAUUUUGACGAGCUACAGUAUUUUUUUUUUAACCACAAUGGCUUAAAGGUUAGCCCAAAUUACAUUACUUAGUGAGGUUUGACGUAAUGACGCCAUGAUUUUGAAGGAGUCGGACCGGAUUUACUUUUGUUGGCGGUAUUUUUACCGGCAGAACCAGAAGGCAUAAACGUUGGGACUGCUUCAUUGGAGCACGUCGCAGAGAAGGGGCUGCUUGUUGUCUGUUUGAGAGUCGCUGGAGGCCGGAGCGCUUCAUUCAUCGAGCUGCUUUCCCUGUUCUUUGACCCUCUUCUCUUUGAGUCAUACUAUUUCACACAAUCUGUGCAUCAUGUUGAAUGCCAGUACAACCUCACAAAAAACAGCCAAGAGCCAGAAAACUUCCCGUGGUUCCAUCUCCAAACGCCUCAAAGAAAUUCGCAUUGAUGAAGAAGUAAAGAUAGCAGUGAACCUCUCUCUGGAGAGGUUUCGUUACAGCGACGAGAGAGAGAUGGAAUUUCCCUCCUCCUUGACCAGCAAUGAAAGGGCUUUCAUUCAUCGAAUGGCACAGUCACUGGGUUACAUUUCUAAGAGUAAAGGGAAAGAGCCAUAUCGCAUCCUCACCAUUAGGAAGAAGGGCGGUUUAGAGAAACCUCAGCCUACCAUGCCCCUCACAGUCUCCCAGAAUUCCUUAUAUUUCAUCCGAAGCCUGCUUCAGAGGUUUCCCAUCACCAAUAAGCAACGUGCAGACUUGCAACUCAACAACAGAAGUGACAUGUCUGUGGCUGCAGAACAUGACAGGAGCAAGGCAAGCGGGGGCUUAAACAACGGCAUUCCCAUGGUACCUCGGAGGAGGAGUCCAACGGAACUGGACAGUUUUCGAUGCUCCCUGCCAGUCCAUGAGCGCCAGGAGGAGAUCGUCCAGCUCAUCAGAGAAAACAGGGUGGUGCUGGUGGUGGGAGAGACCGGCUCUGGAAAAACUACACAGAUCCCACAGUUCCUGCUAGAUGAGUGCAGCAGGAACGGAGAGCCCUGCAGGAUCUUCUGCACUCAGCCCCGUCGCCUGGCUGCCAUUGCUGUGGCUGAGAGAGUGGCAGCAGAGAGAGGGGAGAGUGUGGGCCAGACUGUUGGCUAUCACAUCCGACUGGAGAGCAGGAUCUCUCCCAAGACACUGCUGACCUUUUGCACCAGUGGAGUGUUCCUCAGAACACUGAUGGGUGGAGAUGCCAGCCUGACAACUGUCACACAUGUCAUUGUGGAUGAGGUGCAUGAACGUGAUGGUCUGACUGACUUCCUGCUAACUAAGAUGCGGGAUGUGCUUCAGAAAAUCCCCACACUGAAACUGAUCCUGUCCAGUGCAGCUCUGGAUGUAGACCUGUUCCUUAGAUACUUUGGCUCCUGUCCUGUUAUCCACAUCAAGGGAAGACAUUUUGAAGUGCAGGAACUCUUUCUGGAGGACAUCCUGAGACUGACGGGCUUCCAAAAUAAGGACAUGAAGAAAUACAAGGAAGAGAUGCAGACAGAGGAGAAGAAGAAGAAAUGUUUGGCGGAGUGGUGCGACACAGUGGAGGACAGUUGUGUUGGAGAGAACCAGAGGAGCCCCGGGUGUGCCCCAGGCUUCCUCCAGGACUCUGGCACCCUGGACAGAGGGGACAGAGGGGACAGCACCUGCAUCAAGCCAAAUGAGAAUGACUCCGACCAGCUGGAGCCGUGGCUGCUGAAGGAAAUGGACUCUUGUAUGUCUAAUGCCUUCCUCAGUGAAGACCAUGAUGCUUUCACUCAGCUCUUCAACCUCAUCCUCUAUGAAAAUGUUAACGUGGACUACAAGCACAGUGAGACGGGGACCACGCCCCUAAUGGUGGCAGCAGGGCGAGGGUUCCUCACACAGAUGGAGCAGCUGCUCAGCAUGGGGGCCGACAUCAACAUGAAGGCAUCCAAUGGAUGGACGGCCUUAGACUUUGCCACACACUUCCAGCAGACAGAUGCUAUGGAUCUACUCAAAUCUUCUUUUCCUUUGAGAGCAGAGAGCAGCCAGGAUGAGUCUACUCUGGUGCAGUGUGGCGGUGCAGAGCUGAGCACUGAAGAGCAAGAGUUGCUCAGACAGUACCACCACAGCUUUAAUGAUGAGCGGGUGGACCUGGACCUCAUCAUGAAUCUGUUGCACAACAUCGUCUCCACCAGCAAUGAUGGUGCUGUUCUGAUUUUUCUUCCUGGAUAUGAUGAGAUAGUGGCACUCAGGGACCGCAUCCUGUAUGAUGAUAAAAGAUUCUCCACCCCUUCUGAGAGGUACCAGGUGUUCACUUUACAUUCAGACAUGCAGACUCUAGAUCAGAAGAAAGCCAUGAAGACGUCUCCACCAGGUGUCAGGAAAAUAAUUCUUUCUACUAACAUUGCUGAGACGAGCAUCACCAUCAACGAUGUGGUCUUCGUUAUUGAUUCAGGAAAGGUCAAAGAGAAGUCCUUUGACACCCUCAGUCAUGUGUCCAUGUUAAAGACGAUUUGGAUCUCAAAAGCCAGUGCACUGCAAAGGCAGGGAAGAGCUGGGCGCUGCAGACCAGGGAUUUGCUUCCACCUUUUCAGUCGACUCAGGUUCAACAACAUGCUCGAAUUCCAGGUUCCGCAGCUGCUGCGGAUGCCACUGCAGGAACUGUGUCUGCAGACCAAGCUGCUGGCUCCCAGCUCCUGCUCAGUAGCUGAGUUUCUGUCCAAAGCUCCACAGCCUCCUCCUGCUCAUGCUGUCAGGAAUGCAGUGCACAGGCUUAAGACAAUAGAUGCUAUGGACCAGUAUGAAGGCCUGACUGAUCUGGGCUACCACCUGGCUGAUCUACCAGUAGAGCCCCACCUGGGCAAGAUGGUCCUCUGCGCCGUGGUGCUCAAAUGCCUUGACCCCAUUCUAACUAUUGCCUGUACACUGGCCUAUCGUGACCCAUUCGUGCUUCCUGCCCAGGGCUCUCAAAAACGAGUUGCUCUGCUCUGCCGCAGGCGUUUCUCAUCCAGCUCCUUCAGUGACCACAUGGCCCUACUGAGAGCCUUCCAGGCGUGGCAGAAAGCCCGCAGUGAAGGCUGGGAGAGAGCCUUCUGUGAGAAGAACUUUCUGUCCCAGGCCACCAUGGACAUGAUACUAGGCAUGAGGACACAGCUGCUGGGACAUCUUCGUGCUUUAGGUUUUGUGCGGGCUCGUGGAGGCAGUGACAUCCGUGACGUGAACCUGAACUCUGAGAACUGGGCUGUGGUGAAGGCAGCCCUGGUGGCUGGCAUGUAUCCAAACCUGGUCCAUGUCAACAAGGAGACCUCCCUGUUCUCUAGUAACAGGGAGAAGAAGGUCCACUUUCAUCCCACUUCUGCAUUGAACGAGAUCAAGGAGAACAGCUCAGCCAAAUUGGCCCAGGACCUUCCCACAGACUGGUUAAUCUACGAUGAGAUGAGCCGUGGCCACAGGAUGGCCAGUGUCCGCUGCUGCUCCAUGGUGACUCCCCUAACUUUGGCCAUAUUUGGAGGCUGUGCCAAGCAGCCCUACUCUGUCCUGCAGGAACCUGCUUUACCGAAAGCAACUGACAUUCCACUGGAUGACAUGAGUGACAGUGAGACAGAGGACCUAGCUGAGAUAAGGGUAGAUGACUGGCUCUUCUUCGAGUUGGAGAGAGAGGCUGCAGGACUGGUGUUUGAACUGAGGCAGAAGUGGCAAAACUUGUUCAUCAAGAGGAUCCGUUGUCCUUCAAAACCCCGGUCUCAACACGAAGAGGCCAUUGUCCACACCCUGGUUUCUGUGUUUGCAGCAGAGGAGCAGGAAGCAGGUCUGCAGCAGCCCACAGGUAUUGGCCAGCGGCCCCGGCCUAUGCCAUCAGAGGAGGGGCCCCAGGCCUUCGUGAAUAACCCCAGCACCACCUAUGACAAGCCUUUUAGGACACCAGAAACCUCCGGCUUACUUCAGAUAAAAUCCCACAGCAGAAAUGAAGCCUCACUGCCCAUGAGCCAGCCCUCUGGAGACCCACAUUCCUCCAGUAAUUCUUGUCCUGAGACCUCAGACAGCACCUCUGACAUCCCCUCUCCCUCCUCCUCAGGAAAGGUUUCAAAACCAGAGAUCCCUCAACCCGCCUCUUCAUCAAUCCGAUACUUUAUUAUGAAGAGCAGUAACAUCAGGAACAUAGAAAUUUCUCAGCAGAAAGGUAUCUGGUCCACCACACCAAGCAAUGAGACCAAACUCACUAAGGCCUACCUGGAGAAUAGCCUCAUCAUCCUCAUCUUCUCUGUUCAGGGCUCUGGACACUUCCAGGGCUAUGCUCGCAUGGCAUCCGCCAUCAGUCAGGAGAACUGCCAGGACUGGGGCUUCAUGGGCCUGGGUGGAGUUUUCAGGCUAGAGUGGAUCCACAAGGAGAGUCUUCCCUUCCACUGCACCCAACACAUCCUAAACGCAUGGAACGACAACAAGAAGGUCCAGAUCAGCAGGGAUGGACAGGUGAGAGGACAGUGCAAACAUACUGUAGCUUACAAGCAGUUUGAUUCUGACGCACGCACGUACACACACACGCGCACACACACACGCGCACACACAGAAUGA